CCGGGAAGGGCACCCCUACAUUUCAUUUAAGCAUAUCUCUUUUAGAUUUAUUUCCUUUAAUACAUUUCCUUUUUUUCAUCACACCAGAGUUCAUUGCUUUUCUACCGUCGACAAUGAAGUACGUUCUCGUCUCUGGAGGUGUCAUCAGUGGCAUCGGGAAGGGCGUAAUAGCCUCUUCCACGGGUUUGCUGCUGAAGACGAUCGGGUUAAAGGUUUCUUCGAUCAAGGUCGAUCCCUACAUGAAUGUCGAUGCAGGAACAAUGGCACCUACUGAACACGGCGAGGUGUUCGUCCUUGACGAUGGUGGAGAGGUCGAUCUUGACCUGGGGAAUUACGAGCGAUAUCUCAGUAUCAAGCUCACCAGGGAUAACAACAUCACCACGGGCAAGAUCUACAAGCAUGUCAUCGAGAAGGAACGUCGUGGUGACUAUCUUGGCCGUACUGUGCAGAUUGUCCCUCACUUGACGGAUGCUAUCCAGGAUUGGAUUGAGCGCGUGGCCAAGAUCCCGGUCGAUGAUACAAACGAAGAGCCGGAUGUGUGCAUCAUCGAGCUUGGUGGAACGGUGGGAGAUAUCGAGAGCGCUCCCUUUAUCGAGGCCAUGCGCCAGCUGCGUCGCCGCGCGGGGAAGGACAAUUUCCUUCAGAUCCACGUGUCCUUGGUGCCUGUUAUUCAUGGCGAGCUGAAGACCAAGCCUACCCAGCAGGCAAUCCGUGAAGUGCGCUCUGCUGGGUUGAGUCCUGACCUGAUCGCAUGCCGCUGCGAGAAGACCUUGGACAAGGCUACGACGGACAAGAUUGCCAUGUUCUGUCAGGUUGAGCCGGAACAGGUUGUUGGUGUCCAUGAUGUCACCACGACCUACCACGUGCCGCUUCUCCUGGAGAAUGAGGGUCUGAUUUCACUGUUGAGAGAAAUUCUGAAAAUCGAUCGCAUGACGAUCCCGCAAUCGCUUGUGGAUAAGGGGCAGCGGACAUGGCGCCAGUGGAAGGCCCUGACCACUUCUCAAGAGCGGCUGUUCGACUCUGUCACCAUUGCACUUGUUGGAAAGUAUGUCAAUCUUCACGACUCUUAUCUAUCUGUCGUCAAGUCUCUGGAGCACUGUGCUAUGGCUUGCCAGAGGAAACUCAACCUUAUCUGGGUCGAUGCGUCUCAUCUCGAGAAAGCCACUUCCGUCUCGAAUCCUGAGAUAUAUCACAAAGCCUGGCACGAAGUCUGCACGGCUGACGGUAUUCUGGUUCCCGGCGGGUUCGGGCACCGUGGUACCGAAGGUAUGAUCGCGGCCGCCAACUGGGCUCGUACAAAGCCCAAGCCCUAUCUGGGUAUCUGCCUUGGAAUGCAAGUCGCAGUGAUUGAGUUUGCUCGUAAUGUUUGCGGCAUCAGCGGAGCCGGUUCGAUCGAGCUGGACUCGCAGACCCCAGACCCGGUUAUCGUCUUCAUGCCUGAAAUUGACAGGGUCAAUCUUGGAGGCACUAUGCGCUUAGGGCUCAGACCCACACUAUUCCAGGAGGGCUCGGAAUGGUCGAAACUUCGCGCCUUGUACCCCAAUCGCACCUCCAUUGACGAACGCCAUCGCCACCGCUACGAGGUGAACCCCGACUACGUUGACCGAUUGCAGGAUGCUGGCUUGAACUUCGUCGGCAAAGACGACAGGGGUGAGCGGAUGGAGAUAAUCGAACUCAAGGAUCACCCCUGGUAUGUGGGUGUGCAGUUCCAUCCCGAGUACCUGUCGCGUGUUCUUGCGCCUAGCAAGCCGUAUCUUGGAUUUGUGGCUGCCGCUUCUGGUUGUCUGGAUGAAAUUACGCAACGGACGAAGAUGACGGAAAGUGAUUUGGCAAAUGGCGUUGCUGAGAUUACGAUCUAAGGCUACCAACUAUAAUAUCUAAAUUAAUAUGGUGGUUUUCACUGGAUCAACGAAGGGAAGUUGAAACACUCCUUCUAUCCCAGUGAUCUUGGUAUGCUACCGACGAAUUCCACCGGAAUUGCCGAAAAAAGCUUGACGGGGGUUCUUGACGGGAGGAUGCAUUGAUGUUCAGAUUUCAGACUAAAAUUUGGUUCGUCCUGUUGACGACUUGCGCGGCUUACAACUUUUCCGCUGGCGUUUUAUGGGAACAAGCAAAUGUCAUCAUGUUACGUGAUUCUUUGCAACGAUUUGGUUUCAUAGAGGGCUUCUCUGGAAAUGGGAUGAGAAAAAAAAAUCAACAGUCCUGAUGUUGUAAAUGAGAAGAUAGACAUAGUUAUAUUCUGGAGGCAUGAAUCUAUUGUACAAAAUGUAUGCCAUAGGUCAAAGUUUACUCCAGCUUGUCUUUUCUCGUCACUCUGAACUGACC